AUGCUCUCUAUCUCACUCUCCAUCAUGGUGGUUGCCAGGCCCGUGAAGCUUGGCUCAUCCUUCAAGACCUUGGCCCCUGUUACGGUGGCCGCCGGCGGGCCUCUCGACGCCGUGCUCCAGUCUAUUGCGGCCAACCACGACGUAGCCGUCAGCACCGUGCUCCUGAGCUGGGCCAUUGGCCGGAACGUGGUCCCCAUCACGACCACGUCCAAGCGUGACAGAAUGGCUGAGUGUCUAGCCGCCGUUUCGCUCAAGCUAUCUACCCAGGAGGUCGAGGAGAUUACGAAGGUCGGCCUUCAGCACCACUUCCGCCCGUGGGGAAAGAGGUUCUUCAGCCCUGAUGGCCGAUCUUGA